AGAAUAGUGAGAAGAAUAGAAAAAGAAUUGAUUCAGAUAAAGAUUUUAAAGAAGAGAAAGAAAAAUAGUUUCGAAUAAUCAAUUAUCGUAUAUCGAUUAUUGGUAACAUAGAUUUCAUUAAUACAAUCGAUCGCCGGUUUCCACAAAGAUAAGGUCUAUAUCUGCAAUUCAAACAAAUGUGAAGCAUCAUAUUGAUGAUAGUUUGUUUUCUCGUAUCGAUAACACAAUACAAUCGUGAUAAUUCCCCUAGUAAAUGUUAAUAUUCUUUUUGAUAAUGUUAUUUCUUUUAAAUUCUUACGUGUUCAAAGGAAAAAAAAAAUAUACAGAUUCGGUGUUAAUUUCUCAAGUAAAUAGGAAUAAUAAUAUAUAUGAAUCCGUAUUUAUUGUCGGAUAAAUACGUUGGUGUAUUGCGAAUUCACAAAUUUAAUGUUGCCCCAUGUUAAUUUCUAAUGAUAAUGGCCUAAUGUUAAAUUGAAUUGAAUUGAAUUGAAUUCUGGAAAUUUAAUUAUUUAAUUUUAAUCGUAAUAUUAAUCGUAAUAUUAAAUCGUCCAAACAAAUUUUUUCAUUUUUGAAAAGAGAGGCACAUAUACGGGAAAAUGAUAUACAAAAAAUUUAACACGAUAUCUAAAAAGAAGAAAUAUCUCUUCAAUUUGCUGUCUCAGGGUCAUCGAACUUUAACAUCGAAACAAGUUUUUGAACGCGAAUUAAGAUAUGGCGCUCAUAAUUACGACCCAAUGCCUAUCGCUUUAUGCAGAGGGGAAGGCCCUUUCGUGUGGGACGUUGAGGGGAAGCGUUACUACGACUUUCUCAGCGGUUUCUGUGCAGUUAAUCAAGGCCACUGUCAUCUAAGAAUUUACAAAGCUUUGACAGAUCAAGCGAAGAUCUUGACAUUGUGUUCAAGAGCGCUUUACUCGGACACAUUGGGAGAAUUCGAAGAGUAUAUUACAAAAGUUUUCGGAUAUGAUAAAUGGCUUCCCACGAAUACGGGAGUGGAGGGUGGUGAAACGGCCUGUAAAUUGGCACGUAGAUGGGGUUAUGAUCGGAAAGGCAUACCGCAUUACAAGGCGAAAAUUGUUUUCCCAGAAGGGACUUUUUGGGGAAGAACAGUAGACUCUUCUAACACGACUCCGACGACUUCUUCUUCCUCCUCCUCUUCUUCUUCCUCUUCUUCUUCUCCUUCUUCUUCUUCUUCUUCUUCUUCUCCUUCUUCUUCUUCUUCUUCUUCUUCUUCUUCUACUUCUUCUUCUACUUCUUCUUCUACUUCUUCCACUUCUUCCACUUCUUCUUCUUCUUCCCCUUCUUUUUCUUCUUCUUUGUCUUCUUCUUACCGUGGAUUCGGCAGCCCUUCCGCUCCUUUCGAAGUCAUUCCGUAUAACAAUCUCUCGAGUCUUCAAAAAAUUUUAACAGAUCCUAACGUUUGCGCUUUUAUGGUCGAACCUAUUCAAGGAGAGGCUGGUGUUGUGAUACCAAAGGAUGGAUAUUUAAGAGGAGUUAGAGAAUUAUGCACAAGAUAUAACGUGUUGUGGAUAGCUGACGAAGUGCUAACCGGUCUAGGAAGAACAGGGAAAUUGUUAGCUGUGGAUUAUGAAAACGUGAAACCGGACAUUUUGCUUUUGGGCAAAUCUCUGUCGGGUGGUUUCUACCCGAUAUCCGGUAUACUGGCCAACGAUUCAGUGAUGCUCACUAUGAAGUCCGAGGAUCACGGCUCGACUUUUAGCGGCAAUCCUUUAGCGAGCAAAAUCGCUAUUGAAUCGCUUCGCGUGAUUCUUGAUGAGAAAUUGUCAGACAAUGCCGAUAAACUUGGGAACAUUCUCAGAUCUGAGCUUAAGAAACUUCCAUCAAGCGUGGUCACCGAGGUACGUGGAAGGGGCCUUCUUAACGGUAUAGUGAUCAAUGACAGAGUCAAUAUUGUGAGCCUGUGCUCAAAAUUAAAAGAUGAAGGUUUAAUCGCGAAACCAACACCGAAUCACGUAGUCAGAUUAAUGCCUCCGCUGGUUAUAACCGAAUCGCAAAUACGAGACUCUAUGGAUAUUAUUUCCCGGGUGAUUAAUCAAUUCUCUAGUACAUGAAUAUAAUAUAAAUGUUUUAAAUUUAUGUAUGUAUGUAUUUUAGUGAAAAAUUAUAUUUAUGUUUCCAAAUUUUUAAUAAAUCUUGUUCAUGAACAUAUUAUCAUAAGUUGCAUUUUAUUUCCUUUUCUUUCUUCCUUUCAAGUUCCUGUUUCAUCAUGCAAAUAGAAUCUUUGUGAAAAUUGAUGAAAUUGAGGCGACGCGAAAUUGAAAUCAAAUUAGAAUUAGAAACAGGUUUGAAGAGAAAAAUAUAUAGUUGAAAAGCUGUUGAAGUUAUUAUCUCUUACCAUGUGCAUAUUGAAGAGAGAAAAAUUGUUCGAUUAUAAGUUACAUACUUGUUAUUAAUAGCUUGGUUUGAUACGGUUUUAUCCUGUAUUCUGUAAUUGUUUAUUCAGACAUUUGUCAGAUGUCUUAAACUCGUAAUCACAUUAUAAAUAGACAAAAUGUUAAAAAUUUAAAUAAUGAGAAUCGUUUCGUUUA